GCUCCAGAGCAGACAUGCAGGCAGUGUGUGUGGGUGACCACGAGCUGGGCCCUGACAUCCUGUGCCCACUAUCCCAGGGACAGCUGACCACCAGCUCCUGCUCUGUCCCACAUUGUGUUCCUGACUGGAGAAUGCAGAAUCCUCUUAGUCUUUCCUUCCCAGAAGGUUAGGUUGAACUUUUCAGAAAGAUCUUUCUUCUUGAACUUGAGGAAACAAUUAGUAAUCAUGUCAGUUUCAUCACGAUAGAACAGUAGUUUUUAACUAGGAGUGAUUUUGCUCCACAAGGGAUAUUUGGCAAUGUCUGGAGACAUUUUUUGUUGUCACAGCUCAAGGAUGAGGGUUACUACUGGCAUCUAGUGAGUGAGGCCAGGGAUGCUGCUAAAUAUCCUACAAUGACGAGGACAGUCUUCCAGAGCUAAGAAUUAUCUGAUCUGAAGUGUCCAUGGUGCCAAGAUUGAGAGACCUUUCUCUAGAGGAUGAAUACUUCUCUCUCCUGCUUUUGUCACAUUUUGGCUAGUGAUUGGCCUAUCUGUAACACCUAGCAAGCCCUCCCUUCUCCUACUAUCCACCAGCAAUGACCAAAUCCUGCUUUCUGAUCUCUCAGAGGUGGACUUGAGAUGCGUGCCCACCCCCAGAGGGAUUACUAAGGGGUACAGCACAGUGGUUAUGUGGUUUUAUUUGGGGUCUGACAGGCCUAUGUUCAAAUCCUAGCUCCCCUACUUCAAGGUUGUGUGACCCUGACAAGUUACUUAAUAUCUCUGUGCUUUAGCCUCCUCACUUGUCAAUCAGAAGAGUUUAAUCUGCUUUUCUGCAUAACAGAUUUAGCCCACGAUUCUGCUGGAUAGCGAUUUGGGCUGGAUUCUGCUGAGAGAUUCUCCUGCCUGGGCUGCUCAGCUGAUCUCAGAUGAGGUUCCUUCAUCUGUACUACUACAGUAGUAUAGCUGCUGGCUGGGGGACCUCGGGUCUCCUUCACGUGUUCUCAUCCUCCAUCAUGCUAGCUUGGGCUCAUUCACAUGCUCAGAGUUCAAAGAGCAGCAAGAAAUGGCAAGCCCUAAUGCACAUCUGCUUUCCAAACCUCUGCUUACAUCAUGUUUGCUAAUGUCUAAUGGCCAAUGCCAGUCACAUGGCCAAGCCCAGAUUCAAGAGAUGGGGAAAUGGACUCCACUUCUGACUGAAGGGAAGAAUUUGUGGACAUUUGUAUGAGCACAGUGAAGAUUAAAAUGAAACGUGCUUAGCAAAGGACCUAACAUAUAGAGAACAUGUGGUAAAUUAUUCAUGACCCUUCUUAGACCCAGGUACUGAGAAUGACUCCAGCAUGUGGGGACCCCUACAUGUGCACUUGGGUCAUCUUACCCCUUGUGUGAAUCUCUCGGUCAUGGAACUUUUGUCUGAGGAUGGAAUGUCCUCAGCUCCAAAGAUACUCACUGUUGUCCACCAGCCAUGAUGCCAUGUCUUCCCCUUUCCACUGGUCCUGAGAUUUUUCUGGCUCUAGGAUACCACACAGCCCCAUCCCCACCUCCACCCUAGGCUGGCUGCUUGUCCUUGGUGUUGCCUUCAAAAAGUUCAGUCUCGCUCACUGCAAGGUCCAUUCACACCAGGAACGUUGGCCCUCUUAAUACAUAAUAAAAAAGGCUCCCUUUUAUUGAGCACUAAGUGCAGUGAAUUCUGUACUGUUACCUCAUUUGAUAGAUAAAGAAUAUUAGGCACAGAGAGUUUGAGAGACUUACCCAGAGUCACUCAGAAAUUGAGUGGCAGAGCUGGGAUUUAAGCAAUUUAAUGUUGCCUUCUUUGACUUUGCCAAAUUCCCAGAUUCCUUCUUCCCACCCCCUCUGUCAUGCUUCUGUUGUUAGGGUGUGUGUUGCCUUAAUAUGAUUGUCAUUUUAAAGUUUAGCACAAAUAUCAACGUUUGGAGAUGCUACAUCUUCUGUGUUCAGGGACUUUGGCUGUCCUAUUCAUUUCCAGUGCUCCCCCAGCACCAAGGCCAUUCCAGGCUGCCCACCAGUCCUCCUACUUUCUCUGUCCCCUGCCUCAGUGAGGCUUUCCAGGGACCCCUGCCUGGAGUCCCCACCUCCCCAUCCCUGUGUCCCUCCCUGCCCAGGCCUGAGAAAGGUGGAACAGCCACUGGAGUUGAUGCUGUCUGCCUUCACCUUCCUGACCCCAUGGGCCCUAAGCUGGAUAGCGAGAGAGAGAGGCUGUUCUGGGAGCUGAGCCAUGAAACCCUUGGUGUCACCCAGAUGGGCUCCUUCAUCCUGGACAGGCAUAGCCUCUGCAUCAAUGGUUACACCCAUUGGACUUCAGCCUCCAGUCCCAGUGCUACUGUGACCUCCAUGCUCUUCCCAUGGACUUCGGUGGUGUGAUCCCUCUUCUCCAGCUCCACAGGUAGGUGACUUCUCUCUCCAGCUCCUUCUAGGAAGUCAAGGUAUUCAGCCUCAGAGCUAGGACCUAAGAGUUGCAGAGAAAAGCUGCUGUGAGGGAACCUGGAACCACGGGCACCCUCUGCUCUGCUCUGCUCUCCUCCAGAGCAGAGGAUGGGACCUCUUCAUCUAUUCAGUUCUGUUGACCUUAGACAAUUUACUUACCCUCUCAGUGUCUCAGUUUCCUCACCUGCGAAGUGGGAAUAAUAAUACUUCAUGAAGUCGUUGUGAAGGUUAAAUGAAAAUGUAUGUAAGAACACCUAGCACAGGAACCACAGGGAAUUUAGUUCAACUGAUAGUGAUUGGGCACAUGUGCUGUGCUGGGCAGAGGGGAUAAGAUGUUAAGUCAGGUGUGGUCCCUCCCCUCACCGAGUUUACAGUGUACUGAGAGAGACUGAAAUUGAAUGUGCAGUUACAGUUGAUAAUAGUUAUAAAAGACAACCGUGUUAUUCAGCAGUUACCUAAUGUGCUAGGCCAUGUACUAUUAUUUUUCUAAUUUUUAACUUUUCAUUUGAAGUAAAUACAAAUUCACAGGAAGUUUCAAAACAAUAGUACAGAAUUUCCUGUAUGCUUCCCCCAGUUUCUCCCCAGUGGUUAACAUCUUGCCUAACUAUAGUGCAAUAUCAUAACCAGGACAUUAAUUGGCAUUGCUAAAAUCCACAGACCUCAGAUUUAAGAUGUCACUAGUUUUAUGUAUUCUCAUUUGUGUGUGUGUCUGUGUGUGUGUGCAGUUCUAUGCCAUUUUAUCACAUGAUAGAUUUUUGUAACCACUGCCACAAUCAAGGUACAAAACUGUUCCAUCACCACAGAGACCUCCCACUUGCUGCUCUUUUAUAGUCACACCCACCCAGCCAACCCCUGGCAUUCACUCAUCCGUUUUCCAUCUUUCUAAUGUUGUUGUUUUGAGAAUAUUAUAUCAAUGGAAUCAUACAACAUGCGACCUGUGGGGAUUGGCUUUUAGCAUAAUGCCCAUGAAAUGUGCUAACUCCUUUAACAGACAGUCAUGUAACCUUCACAAUUUCCCUACAAAGUAGGAUUCUCCCCAUUUUGUGGUUGAAGAAAUGGAGGUUCCGAUAGGUUGAGUAACAUUUUAUUUAUUUUAUUUUUUGUUUUGUGAGGAAGAUCAGCCCUGAGCUAAUAUCUGAUGCCAAUCCUCCUCUUUUUGCUGAGGAAGAUUGGCCCUGAGCUAACAUCCGUGCCCAUCUUCCUCUACUUUAUAUGGGACGCCACCACAGAAUGGCUUGACAAGCAGUGCAUCGGUGUGCGCCCGGUAUCCGAACUGGCGAACCCCGGGCCACCGUGGCGGAGCGCGCGCACUUAACAGCUUGUGCCACCAGGCCGGUCCCAGUAACAUUUUAUUUUAUAUUAUCCAUUAUUAUGGUCACAUGGCAGGGCAGGGGCAGAGAGGGGAUCUGAUACCAAACCUGACUCACUAGCAUGGCCAUAACCAUGGUAACCACAGCUCUGCACUGUGGUGUCUU